UGAGUAGUUCUAGUUCUCACCAUCAACCAUGUCCAACGAUCCAAGGUCUCUGAGUCACUCCUUUCUACCUCACUUCAACAUGGCGAUAGCUGACUCAGAACCUUGGUCGUUCCUCACCCUCGUUUUCCUGUGACCUUUUUUUUUCUCUUUCGAACAAAACAUCCUGAAACUCACGAACCUUGGGGUGGGUUUUUUUUUUGUGUUGGUUUCCCUGUCUUUGUUGCAGAAAAUGGGCAUGGGGGAGAAGAGUCCGAGGAGUUUCCAAUUGCACCAUCGUGAUGGGAAGAAGCAGGAUUUCAGAGGGGUGCCAAAAGGGUGCAUGGCGAUCAAAGUUGGUCAAGGAGAAGAGCAACAAAGGUUCGUGGUUCCUGUGAUGUACAUCAACCACCCUCUCUUCAUGCAGCUUCUGAAGGAGGCAGAGGAAGAAUACGGUUUCGACCAGAAGGGAACCAUAACCAUCCCUUGCCAUGUUGAGGAAUUCAGAAACGUUCGAGGCUUGAUUGAUAGGGACAAGUCCCUUCACCACCACCACCACAACCAUGUUGGUUGCUUUGGCUUCUGAAUUCUGCUCCAAACCAAGGUUUUCAAAUAUGGUUUUUGUUGCUCCCAGCAUCAAGCUUUUUGGGGUCUUUUGUCCACAGUUUUCUAAAUGUUCAGAAUUCUGAAGAAACUGUUUGGGUGGAACCAUGGAGAAAGAAUCGAUCUUGGACUGCAAAUCGGCACCCCCCUUUAGUUUUUUCAAUGAUUAUCUCAUGUAAAUUUGGUAGCUUUUAGAUUUUUUUUGGUAGUGUUUGGUUUAUGUGAAAGAAAAGCUCCUUAGGUAGGUGAUGGUGAAGACAACAGAAUGUUGCUUCUUCCAAUUGUACUUACUUUUUUCUAUAUUGUUAGGAAUCGUUAUGGAAAAAGGAGAUGCUUUUCUUUUCUUUUCUA